GUUACGCGCAUGCGCUGUACAUUGAGUUUGGCGCGGGACAACACAAGGAAGACGUCUCUGCUGGCCUGCGUGCUCCUGUUGUCCCUGUUCCACCGUGUCCAUAAUAACUCAGAUUUUAUUUUUUAUUAACUUAAAUACACGGUGCCAGCAUGUGGAAUCAGGGAGGGUACAGUGAGUCCAGUAGUAUGGUCGGAGGUUACACUCAGUCUCCAGGAGGUUUUGCAUCACCUUCCUUGUCCCAGGGAGGAGAGAAGAAAGGGAGAACCCGUGCGAAUCAGAUAAUCCCCUGCACAGUGUCUCAGCUGAUGUCUGCUUCCCAGGCGGAUGAGGCUUUCAAAGUAGGAGAUGUGGAAGUUGCCCAGGUUACCAUUGUGGGUGUCAUCAGGAGCACAGACAAAUCUAUGACGAACAUCCAGUACAAGGUCGAUGACAUGACAGGUGCUCCCAUGGACGUGAAGCAGUGGGUAGACACAGAGGACCCCAGUGUGGACAGCACUGUCCUACCCCCAGGCACGUAUGUCAAGGUUUCUGGCAAUCUGCGCUCCUUUCAGAACCACAGGUCUGUUGUUGCAUUCAGCGUCAGACCCUUGGAGGACAUGAAUGAAAUCACCUCACAUAUGCUGGAGGUUGUCCAGGCACACAUGGUGCUCAGCAAACCUCAGACCAUGCUGGGGGCCGGAGGAGGAAUGAGCAGUAAUGUCACACCCAUGUCACGGCCGGGCAUGGGGAUCAUGGGAGGGAUGGGAGGGGGCUAUGCAGGUGCUAACGACAUGGCUAACAAUGGGUUAAGCGCAAACCAGAAUCAGGUGCUGAGUUUGAUAAGAAGCUGCCCAGACCCACAGGGCAUCAGCAUUCAGGACCUAAAGCUGAAACUCGGUGGCAUGAGUCUGGCUGUUAUCAAGCAAGCAGUUGAAUUUCUAAGCAACGAAGGUCAUAUCUUUUCCACCAUCGACGAAGACCACUUCAAAUCAACAGACAAUGACGAUUAGACACUUCACCUUCCUUUGCACCAGUGGGGUUACUUUUUUUGAAAUUAACAUGACAUAAGUCAUUAGUACUGGUUUUAUAACUCAAAAGUACUUACUAAAUUACAACCUCUCUGACCUCUUCAAUGUCUCAGAACUGAGUGAAAUCCUGCGAGUCACUCCCUGUUUAGUUGAAGAAACACAAGGUUUAGGUUUGGUGAGACCUUUGGUUUACACAUCCUGUAUUCCAGAGGUUGAUUCUGCUGUUUUGCAACUUCCAAAAGUGUUGCAGCUGAAGAAGCCGUUGGUAGAAGUUAAUACUAUUUUUCUGUAUUCUUUUUUCCUGCCCUGUCUGUUGUAAAGCAUUUUGUAAUUUUAAAGAUUGGGAACACAAGUACUCAAUUUAUUUUUGUCUAUGUAGUUUACUUUUGACAAAAUUAAAAGAUUAUACAAAAUACAGUUUGGUAAUCUACCAGGAUAUCUUUUGUUUCAUAAUUUACACAUAUUCUUUUUAAAUUAUAUUUUUCUAAAAAAAAAGUACAUUGCUAGUUCUUAAUAAUAUAGUCCCUACAGUUCACUUUUUCACGUUUUGGUGAAACUUCGUUUAAAACAACAACCCCCCCCCCCCCAAUCCACACACACCAAGAUGAACAAGCAAUUUUCACAAAUUUAUUAAGAUU